GCACUUAAUUAUCUUGGGUUUUAUGAUGUGUGACGUGGACAUGGGUAGGUGUUUUUCUUCUCCAAACGGACAUGAUAAAAGCACACUGCUUCUUGCGCUGGCCUACUUUACUUCAUAAAGAGGAGAUACUGUCAGCACGUCCAUCAGCCCCGCAACUACAAGAAAUGCAAUAUAACAGGGACCCAGACACUGUUGUGACUAUCGUCAACCCUGUGGAGCAUCCCAGUGACUAUGUGGUAUGGUCCAUCUGCAGCUUCUUCCACGCAAACCCCUUUUGCCUCGGACUGUUGGCGCUGAUCUUCUCAUUCAAGGCAAGAGACAUGAAGGUGACUGGAGACCUGCAGAGAUCCAGGGAAUACAGCAAGUGUGCUCUGGGCCUCAACGUGGCUGCGCUGAUCAUUAUUAUUUUGACUAUCUUGAGUCUUGUAAUUGUUUUGAUGAUAGUACCCGUUAUAGCCCAUUAUAUAUGGAGUCAGUUGUUGUCAGUCCUGCCAUAAUUCAAACCUGAAAAAAAAAGUUUCAAAGGCUUGUAAGUCUGGGUUUGAAAACUCAACACCUUGUAAAAAAGGUUUUGCAGCACUGAAAAAAGAGAUUAUAACCUGAAAAAAAACUAAAACUAAAAUUCAAACAUCUGUAAA